AUGCUAGGCUCCCUCUCCCUGUUCGCUUCCCUGGCUUCCGCCGCAACCCUCUAUGCCACCCACUACAGUGGCUCUGUCUACACCCUCGCCCUCGACCAUCGCAAUGGCAAUUACAAUCUGUCCCUCGCGUCGGCCAUGACCACCUGCGGCGGCAUGCCGAGCUGGUUGACCCUGGACCCCUCAACGCGCACCCUCUACUGCUCCGACGAGACCGGCGACGCGACGACCAAUGGCACUCUGAGCUCUUACGCCGUCGCAGGAGAUGGAUCGCUCACUCAGCUCGCAAAGGUGGUGGACAUCGGAGGUGGUGUCCACAGCGUCGUGUACGAAGGAGACCACGGUGCAAAGUACUUGGCCAUUGCACACUAUUCCGGUUCGGCGGUAUCGACCUUUGCCCUCCCCCUCGAAUCCGAGGACGAGCCCCUGCAGGUCCUGCGGUACAAGACACCGCCCGGCCCCGAUCCGCAGCAGGACUCCUCCCAUCCCCACCAGAUCAUCCUCGACCCCACUGGCUCGUUCAUCCUCGUCCCCGAUCUAGGCGCCGAUGAGGUUCGCGUGUACGCCAUCGACAAGCCAUCGGGCCAGCUAAACACCUGCCCCAGCCUCAACUACACCGCCGGCAGCGGGCCGCGACACGGCCUCUUCUGGUCUUCUCACCAACCGCAUCGCCAUGGUCUGCGCGUCCAGAACAGUGCCGCCAAACGCGCGCCACAGACAAUGCUGUACACUGUCAGUGAACUGGGCCACCACUUUAACGCUUUCGCUGUCUCAUACCUCCCCUCUGGCUGUCUCGGCUUCCGCGAGACUCAGGCCUUCGUGCCAUACCCCGGCGGGGAACUGCCCGAGGGCGCGACGCUGGCCGAGCUGCAGCAUGCCGGAUCAAACCUGUAUGCCUCGAUUCGCAGCGAUCAUGCCUUCUCCGGCAAUGAUUCAUUGGCCACCCUCACCCGCUCUACCAACGGCACCGUGUCCUUCCAAGAACUCACCUCUGCCCAUGGCAUUGUUCCCCGUACCUUUGUCAUCAACAAGGCCGGCACCCUGGUCGCUAUCGGGGACCAGUCUUCUUCCAACAUCGCCGUUGGUUUGAGAGAUCCGGCGAGCGGAAAGCUGGGUGGCCAGGUCGCCAACAUCCAGGUCGGAGAGCCCGGAAAGCCUGGAACUUCAACAGGCCUGAGCAGAGUCAUCUGGGCAGAGUAA